AAUAUAAAUAUAUUAUAUAUUUCGUUUCGUCCACUAUUCCUAACAAAGGUGAGCGAAAAUCGAGCACUUGCAACUUGCAACAUGGCGUCUGUCAACAUUAAUUUGUACAGGCAGCUUUUACGUGAAUUGCACAGGAUUUAUGCUAAAGAUGCUCCAGUUCUUUCCUACAUGAAGGAUCAGUUUCGCACACAUCAGGUGACAAGUGAGAAGAUAUGCCGUGGCCAGAGUGAGAUGCAGCAUAUGGGAGCCACCUAUCUCUCCCUACUGCACAGCAGGCGUAAACAUGAGGAACUCAGUGCACAGUACAAGGGUCAUGGAGAGCGAGACAUAGAGUCAAGUGCUAAUUUGGUUGGCCUCCGCCUUCCAAAACAAUUUCAACCAAGUGGUGAAGAACCGACACAAUGAUGGCAGUGGAAGAACUUGUGAUGAUGUUUUGAUGAUUUGUGAUGAUGUUCAAUCCGGAGCUUGUAUGGUUUAAACAACAUACCAGAAUGAACCAUUUAGUCUAGAAAUAUGACUGAAACAAUUUUGUUUAGUAAUAUUUGGAGUUUUGUAAUGCGUCAACGAUUAUGCAAGUCACGGAGAUGACAUGGAAAUGCUGCAUGUACUCGAACCUGUAUAUAGUCUUAAUACAUAGUAUUUAUAUAUA